ACACGUGACCCACAAUCAAUCACGUGACCCGCUUCCAGUGCGGCAUUUUUCGAAAUUGAAUGGCCGUCCGAGUUAUAAAAAUGAUAUUUGUUUGGUUUUAUCAUUUCGUGAUUUGUUUUUAGCGUGUUUCGAACAAUAUAAAGUAAAUGGAAAACGAGAGAAAAGUGUGUUUUAUUUAUGAUAAUGAUUAUUUAAGAGAAAUGAACAGAUUGCCCAGAGUGGAAGGUCGAGCUUACAUAGUGCAUGAAUUGAUUAAAGCUUAUCGUCUGUUGGAGUCAAUUACUAUUCUGAAACCAUGCCAAGCAACAGAAGAAGAAUUAAAAUCCUUUCAUACAGAGGAAUAUGUAGAAUUUUUGAAGAAAAUAGAAGAUAUUAGUGACUUAGAGAAGGAAGACUUGUUGAAUAUGUGUGAACAAUUUGGAUUAGAUUAUGACUGUCCUGUGGUAAACAAACACUAUACCAUGGUGACUUGGCAGGCUGGUGGGACUUUGACUGCAGCUCGUGCAUUACUGAACAGUAAUUGUACCAUUAGUGUUAAUUGGGAAGGUGGUUGGCAUCAUGCUAAAAAGGAUGAAGCUGCAGGAUUUUGCUAUAUUAAUGAUCCUGUACUUGCCAUUUUAGAGCUACGUUCAAAAUUUGACAAAGUACUCUAUAUAGAUUUUGAUCUGCAUCAUGGUGAUGGUGUAGAAGAUGCAUUUGCCUUUACAAAGAAAGUAAUGGUUGUAUCUUUCCAUAAAUAUGGUGAAGGUUUCUUUCCUGGUACAGGUGCCAUUACUAAUGUUGGUUGUGGUAAAGGAAGAUAUUAUAGUGUGAAUGUGCCUCUUCAUGAUGGAAUUACAGAUUUUAAAUUCUGCAAUAUUAUCACAAGAAUUUUGAAUAAAGUUUAUGAGAAAUUUCGGCCAGAUGUGAUCGUGUGUCAGUGUGGCGUCGAUACUCUGAGCAAUGAUCCCAUGGAAUCAUUUAAUUUGACAAAUUUAGGAAUUGGAAAUUGCCUGAAAUUAUUAUUAUCUUGGAAAUUACCAUUAUUAGUAUUAGGUGGUGGAGGUUACAAUUUUUGGAAUGCCGCUCGCUGUUGGUGCUAUCUUACUGGUGUUCUUCUUGGCAUAGAAUUAAAUCCUGAUAUACCAGAUCAUAAAUUUUUUUUAAAUUAUGGACCAGACUAUGAAUUGAAUAUUACUCCUGGAAAUAGACCAGAUAAAAACAGUAAUGAAUAUAUUGAGCAGCUUGUAAAGACAGUAUUAGGUAAUCUGGAUUUUGUGUGUUGAAUUCAAAGAUUUUACAAGAAAAAAAAUUUUAUUUUUGCAUAUUUAGCUUUUAAUGAAUUAUAAAAAUGUUACAUGUUGGUGUGCAAUGUAUAAUUUGUAUUACAUAAUGUUUUUAAUGUAUAAAAUAUUUUAU